ACGUCUUUUCAUCACGGGUUGUAGCAAAUUGUCUUCCAUCUGGUCGUUCAAAUACCUAUUUGAUUAGUCAUCAUUGCUUCGGAAGCCGUCAAUAUAAUUGACCAAUUAGAAAAAAGGGGAGCCCGAAGGCUUACCGGGGGCUCCAAACCCGUUUUCGGCUCCGAAACCCACUUGAACGAGGCGAAAUGGUAGGACGACUCAGCAGGCACUGAGGAUCACUAACCGCAAAUGGAAAUCUCGUUAAGCGGGAACGGCUAACAACGCCGUAUGGUUUUGCUAAACUCGCCCAACAGUCCUCUCAGACUUGAGAUUUAUUUAAGCAAUGGGGCCCGGUGCAAAAUUGGAAUAGAGAUGUCUACUAUUGGCGUCUCUAGAAGGCAAAAAAAAAAAAAAAAAAAAAAAAAAGAAAUAGUUGACGGCUUCACCGGGUCCCCACCCCUUAUCAAACUAUGUCGGAAGCAUCCUCUCGCACCAGCCACAGCGAAAUUGUUGCGCCGGAUAAGAGCGUAGAAGAUGGUCUACCGGAGAAGGUUAAAGGGGAUGAUAAUGGCCCCGGCCUAUUAGCAGAACCUCCGAGUGAGCAGCCCGUCGUCGACCAACGGCCAGACUAUUCCGCAUUCACGGAAUGGGAGAAAAGGGGUAUCGUUCUUGGCGCUGCCAUCGGGGCCUUCUUCUCGCCGCUCACGGCGCAGAUUUACCUACCGGCGCUUACUGUUCUAGCCCGGGAAUUCAACGUUACGAUUAGUCAGAUUAACUUGACUGUAACAACUUAUAUGAUUUUCCAAGGAAUCACCCCGAUGUUCGUCGGGUCCCUCGCGGACUCCGCGGGGCGGCGCCCGGCGUACUUCAUCUGCUUCACGAUCUACAUCUGCGCGAACAUCGGGUGCGCGCUGGCGCCCAGCUACGCGGCCCUGCUGGUCCUGCGCAUGCUGCAGUCCGCCGGGUCCAGCACCACCGUGGCCCUGUGCCAGGCCGUCGUCGCCGACGUCAUCACCUCCGCCGAGCGCGGCCACUACGUCGCCUACACCUCUCUGCCCAUCCUCCUGGCCCCCGCGAUCGGGCCCAUCAUCGGCGGCGUCCUGGCGCAGGAGGUCGGCUGGCGCUUCAUCUUCUGGAUCCUGGCUAUCCUCGCUGCCGUUGUGUUCGCCGUCCACGCCUUCUUCUUGCCCGAGACGUGUCGCGAGAUCGUGGGCGACGGCUCCGUCCGUCCGCAUCCCGCCUACCGCACCUUCUGGCAGCUAUGCAAGGAUGCGCGGCGGCGCCACCGCAACAACAAGCGGUCUGGCGGCGGUAACGGCGCGCCGCUGGAUCACGCGGCGUCGCGCGCGUCGACGAAGCGCAGCCUGCGGGUGAAGAAGGUCGACGUGUGGAAGUCGAUCACGAUCCUGCUGGAGAAGGAGAUGUUCCUGCUGCUGGGGUACGGCGGGAUCGUGUUCACGGGGUUCUACUGCGUCGCGACCGUCAUGCCCACGCAGCUGGCGGCCAACUACGGCUUCGACGAGAUCAAGGUCGGCCUCAUGUACCUGCCGAUGGUCGGCGGCAGCGUGGUCGCCGCCGUCGUGAACGGCCGGCUGAUGAACUGGAACUACCGCCGCCACUGCGGGCUCAGGGGCGUGCCCUUCGAGCGCAGCAAGCAGCAGGAUCUUUCGGACUUCCCCAUCGAGCGCGCUAGGCUUGAGAUCGGCAUUCCGAUGCUUGCUCUGUGCAUAGCGUGCACAAUCGCCUGGGGCUGGGCGUUUGAAUACCACGCGCACGUGGCUGUGCCGUGUGUUCUGCUGUUCUUGCUGGGUUGGGCAGUCGUGGGGUUCAGCAACACGCUGAACGUACUGCUCGUCGACGUGAACGUGGGCAGCGCGGGCGCUGCUACCGCGAGUAAUAACUUGACUAGGUGUCUGAUUGGCGCUGCGGCGACCGCCGUGAUAGGGCCCAUGAUAAAUGGCGUCGGUAUUGGAUGGGCCUUUACGAUAUUAGGCCUUUUAUACAUCGUUUUCUCGCCGAUGCUGUUCUUCAUCCUCAAGUACGGGAUGAAGUGGCGGAAGGAGAAACGUGAGCGCGAGCUCGCGAAAAAAGAGAAUAAUGCCGGUUCUAAGAAAUAGACGGAUAGAGAGCGUUAGAACAAUAGAAUAGUAAUAGAUCCGACAGCCUGAAGGAUUCUGUCGAAUGAUUGAGAGGCUGUCUCCGCGUACCUAGAUGUCGUGAAUUCAUGAAUCCAGAAUGCCCUAAACGUUGAUCCAAAAAGAGAUAAUUUGUUCAAUUGUUAGACUUUUGUAGAAUUGUUAGUGUUCAUAACGGAGGUGACUAAUAUUAUUUACCCUUCGUGUAGAUCUCCAUAGAGGAGCUAAAGCCUUCAGCCUAUCCAAGUGAUGCUUUCAGGACGUCGCGCUCGAGCCUACUAUAUCAGUCUGCACCAAUGC